AUGGCGGUGCCCGUGUCCAGGCUCAUAACGGUUGUCAUGGAAGGGGAAAGUGAAAUAUCACACACGGGUACUGAGGAAGGUAGUUCAAACCCUAACCCUACCACUGAUUCUGACUCACCAAAGGGAUUGAAGAUUCUUCAUGAACUUGGAAUUACUGUUGCAAGCAGUACUAUCAAUAAAGAGAAGAAACAUCUUAUCAAAGAACAGGAGAAGAGGUUGUCUGCAACCAUGUCAAGACAAGGUUUAAUCAUAGUUGGUGGACUUAGUUCAGCAAUAUAUACAGAUGAGAAAAGCUGUCCAGUUUUCUUUGAUAGUCAUUCACAUUCACAGGAUGCCUUGAAAGAUGAAAAGAUUCCACGGUUGUCAGUGAGGAAUGGAAUGAAAUGGCCAGACAGACCAGAAAUUUUGAAGUUGCAUCCAUUGGAAGAAAGACUAAUUUCUCAGAGAAUACCAUUUAUGCAGAUAAGAGAAUUGCCCAGAGGAGGGCAGAUGUCUGUUAAAGGAAAUGUUGUAAAUGUUCCUGUUGAUAUCCAGCCAACAGUAAAUGCUCUUCCUAGACAGUUAGAUGAAUAUGUUACAAUUGCUGUAAAGUUAAAAAAAAGACUUUCUCACAAGUCUGCAUGUUUCUCUGAAAAUGUCCGUCCUAAUAAGGUCAUGAAUGCUUUACAAUGGCUUAUGGAAAACAGUGAAUUAUAUAAAUCUUCAGGCAUUAACAUUGAUCAUUCAUGGAGAGAAAUUAUUGAUAAUGACAACCAGGAAGUUGUUAAAGAGCUUGUUGGAACAUCCUCCAGCACUGAUGAACGUGAAACAGAACCAAAUGAUGAUGGAUUUUGUGAAGUUGCUGCAGAUGAUAAUAUUCAAGGCAAUUCUGAUACUCUUGUUGAUGAAGCAGAUGACACCAACAAGGCAUAUGUUUUUGCCCCUGGAGAAAAUCAAAGACCAGUAAGUUUAUACGAAGAUAAAGAUGCAGAGUAUUUAUGUUUUCCUACCAUAUUUUGUGGACAGAGACGAGUAGAAAAUAAUGACAGAGUUGUAUCAGUUCAUUAUAGCGAUGUUGCAAAAUGGGAAUUGCGUAGCAUUGAUCGACGAGCAGCAAAAUCUGUUCCAAACAUUUUUUUCAAGUUGAAGAAAAUUCAGAUUAAACAAGUUAGUGAUAAAGUUAACUUAGCAUUGAGAAGAUGCAAAACAGAGGGAAAGACGAUCACAGCAGAACAAGUUCUGAAUCCUGCCACUGCAGAAAAAAUUGUUAGACUGAAUGAAGGAUAUUAUAUCUUCAGAACACUCAGAAAUUCUCCAGCUUAUCUUGCAUCCAAAAAGAAAGAUGUUUUUGCAAUGAUCAGACAAUUAGGUCUUCCAACAUGGUUUAUUUCUCUUUCAUCAGCUGAUACUCGAUGGGUUGAUCUUCUGAAAACAUUGGCAAUACUUAGAGGAAAGCCUCUUUCAAAUGAAGAAAUAGAAACUCUGGACUGGAAUGCAAAAUCUACUCUAGUUAAGGAAGAUCCAGUGACUUGUGCUAGAUAUUUUGACAACAGAGUACAAAUAUUCAUCAAUACUGUUCUAAAGAGUCAUCACAAUCCUCUUGGUGUUGUCACAGAUGUAUUUCGACGUGUAGAAUUCCAGAACAGAGGUUCACCACAUAUUCACAUGCUUGUAUGGACCAGUGAUGCUCCAAAGUAUAAAGAAAAUAGUGAUGAAGCAAUUGAAGCUUAUGUCGACCAGUAUGUUACCUGCAGCUUGCAGGAAAAUGAUGCUCUUUUGAAACACCUUGUAGAACUCCAGGUUCACAAGCAUUCAAAGACAUGCAAAAAAGGUGGAAAAACAGUUUGUCGGUUUGGAUUUCGUUUGCCACCUCUACCCAAAACAAUGCUGCUUGAACCAUUGGAUGUUGAUGUAGAUACAUAUAGAAAGAAGUACUCUGUUCUUCAAGAAAAAUUGAAUGAAUACAAAGAUGGUUGCAAUUUAGACUAUGACUCAUUCUUGGAAAAUGUCAUAAAAAUGUCACAAGAGGACUAUAUCAAAUGUAUCAGAGCCUCCUUAAAAAGUCCUAAAAUAUUUCUAAAAAGAAGUCCAUCAGAAAUGAGAGUUAAUUACUACAACCAGUCAUUGUUACAGGCUUGGAAUGCUAACUUUGAUAUCCAGUUUGUUUUAGAUCCAUAUGCAUGUGCAACAUACAUUGUGGCCUAUAUCAGCAAAUCACAAAGAGGAAUAAGUGCAAUGCUUGAUAAAGCAUCUCAAGAAGCUACUGAUGGAAAUAUGGAUCUUAAACGACAAGUUCGGCAUAUUGGAAACAAGUUCCUUAAUUUUGUUGAAGUUAGUGCACAAGAAGCAAGCUACUUAAUUCUACAGAUGCCUCUGACACAGUCUAGUAGGGAAGUAGUUUUUAUAAAUACUUCACCUCCAGAAGAGCGCGUUUUUCUUCUCAAACGAGACGAGGAACUGAACAAUUUACCUAAACAUUCAACUGAUAUCAAAGCAGAUGGUUUAAUUCAAAGAUAUGCAAGACGUCCAAAACAAUUGGAACACUGGUGUUUAGCUGAUGUUGUAACAGAAUUGGAAGUAAGUUUUCCCAAAGAAAUGGAAAAAGAAAAUGAUGAUGAGGAAAACAAUGAAGAUUGUCCAAAUGAAUCUGCAGAAGAUAUCUUUUCUGAAAGUGAUGUUGUUGUUCAUUUGAAAAAUGGCAUAAAAAUUAGAAGGCGUAAAAACAAAAGAGUCAUCAGAUAUGUAGGAUACAGUAAAAAGACAAAUUCUGAACUGUACUACAGAGAAAGACUGUUUUUGUUUCUGCCUUGGAGAAAUGAAAUGGUUGACCUUCUUGGAGAUUUUCAAACAUAUGAACAACAUUAUUAUAGAAAAGCUAACAUUAUUCAGAUAAAGCAAAGAGAAUAUGAACAUUUCAUGGAGGAAUUAGAAGAAGCUCGACUUCAAGCUGAGGAAGAUCUUGAUAAUUUGGCUACAGUUGCACCAAAUACAGAACAAGCAGAGGCAGAAGAUUUAGAAGUAGAUCCAAAACCAUCAGAAGAGUUUGCUCACUUUGAUCCAGAUACAAUUCAACACAGAGACUAUGAUAUAGGGCCAGAGAUUGGCAUGUCAUCAAAAGUAUCAGAAAUAGAAAUGAGUGCAGUUCGCAUCCCAGAUGAACAAUAUCACAAAUUAUUACAGAGCUUAAACAUAAAACAAAGAGAAUUUUACAAUCAUGUUGUAACAUGGAUUCAGCAUAACACUGAACCAUUGUAUGCCUUCCUUACUGGUGGAGCAGGUGCAGGAAAAUCGGUUGUUAUUGAUGCCAUAUUUCAAACAUUACAUAGAAUCUUGUAUUCUAAAGAAGGAGAAAAUCCAGAUGAUAUAAGAAUACUUCUUUGUGCAUCCACAGGAAAAGCUGCUUAUAAUAUUAAAGGAGCUACUAUUGCAUCAGCAUUUCACAGAAAAAUGUACCAGAACCAACAAAACAUGAGUGCUGAUGAACUGAACUCAUUUAGAACUAAAUACAAUAAUUUGUCAGUUGUAAUUGUUGAUGAAAUUUCAAUGAUGGAUUAA